AUGGCUUCUGGAUAUGAUCGAGCUCUUUCCGUUUUCAGUCCUGAUGGACACGUCUUCCAGGUUGAAUAUGCUCUAGAAGCUGUGAAAAGAGGAACUUGCGCCGUGGGUGUUAAGGGAGCUGACAUCGUUGUUCUUGGUUGCGAAAAGCGUUCCGCGAUGAAAUUACAAGAUACCCGUAUCACACCUUCGAAAAUUGGUCUAGUCGAUACCCAUGUGUGCCUCGCUUUUGCUGGAUUGAACGCCGAUGCCCGAAUCCUAGUGGACAAAGCCAGAUUAGAAGCCCAAUCCCAUCGCUUGACCGUCGAAGAUCCUGUUACAAUAGAAUACAUCACGAAAUAUGUUGCUGGUGUACAACAGAGAUAUACACAGAGCGGUGGUGUGAGACCCUUUGGUAUCAGCACCUUGAUCGUUGGGUUUGACAACAAUGACAAAGUUCCGCGCUUGUACCAAACUGAGCCAUCUGGAAUCUAUUCUGCAUGGAAAGCGAAUGCAAUUGGCAGAUCAAGCAAAACCGUUCGCGAAUUCCUCGAGCGAAAUCACAAGGAUGACAUGGACCGAGAAGCGACAAUCAAAUUGACAAUCAAGUCAUUAUUGGAGGUUGUACAGACUGGGGCAAAGAAUAUUGAGAUUGCUAUUAUGGCACCCGGCAAGUUGAUCGAGAUGCUGCCAGUAGAAGACAUUGAAGCAUAUGUAAAGAACAUUGAGCAGGAGAAGGUAGAGGAGGCAGCAAAGAAGAAGCCAGGGCGAACGCCGGGUACUGGAAGUGCGGCAAUUUUAUCAAGAGGCCCGGAUGCGUAG